AUGCGCACACCCAUCGUGCGUUAUCUUGAUACUAUGAAUUUGGCAAAAAAUCAAGCGAAGAUUUCAAUGGAUGAUCCGUUAGAAACGUUGAAUGAUGAUUGCUUAUCAGUUUUGUCAAAGGGGAUUAUCACAGAUGGCAGUGAUGAUGGUGAUGAACGAACGCAUCGAACAGAGGAAAUAAAUGUGGAUCUUUCUAUUAAUAAUACUUUGGUGGUGGAUAUAUCAGAUGCAUUGUCUGAACGCGAUAAGGUGAAAUAUACAGUGCAUACAAAAACGACUAUGCUCGAAUUUGCAAAAUGUGAAAUGAGUGUUGUGCGAGAACAUGAGGAAUUUAUUUGGUUGCAUUCAUGUUUAGAAGAUAACGAAGCAUAUGCUGGAUUUAUUGUUAGAUUUCCCAGUUUUAUGAGAAUUCAAACCAUGGAUAUCCUAGAUCUCUUUUUUUUGAAGAACGUUUCUAAUAAGGCUUGCUAUAGUGAUUUGUUGAGCUGGACAGCUUUUACCAGGAUUCCUCCUUCUCCACCACGACCUGAUUUUGAUGCUUCACGUGAGAAAUUGCAAAGGCUUGGUGAAAAUGAAGCAACAAUGACGAAGGAGGAGUUUCUAAAAACAAAACAAGAGUUGGAACAAGAAUAUUUAGCAACAUUUAAAAAAACUGUCGCAAUGCAUGAAGUAUUUUUGUGUCGAUUAGCGGCUCAUCCAAUUUUUAGACAAGAUCCAAAUUUUAGAAUUUUUUUAGAAUAUGACCAAGAGCUGUGUGUGCGAGGCAAGAACAAGAAGGAAUUAAUGGGAUCAUUAUGGAAGCGUUUCACCCAAUCGGCUGAUGAAGUAUUAUUAUCUGGGCAGAAGGAUGUAGACGAUUUUUUCGAUCAUGAACGCAAUUAUCUUGUUGAAUAUUAUGCACAUAUCAAAGACGCAACCAGCAAAUCAGACCGUAUUGCACGCUUAAGAAAAAGUUUGUUUCUUUAA